UUCGUAGGCAACGGACGCAUCCUCAGAGCUCGAGCGGAGUUAAGAGCACGGCAGAACGGAAGCGGAAACGAAACCGAGAGAGAGAAAGUUCAAGCCUGUUGAGGUUUUUGGCGGCGCGUUCGAACCGGAAGUUUCUCACACACAUGUAAUCCAGUCGCAUUCCGGCUGAAGAAACGUUGAUCGUCCCCCACGAUGAAGGAGCCCAGGAUGGGCGCUUUGAAGCCACUGGCAGCCCUUUGGCUGCUCCUGCUCGUAGCACACAUUGCUCAGGCAGCGAGAGAGAAUCCUCUGAAGGACCCCCGCAUCUGCGGACGGCCGCAGUGCCAAAUAGAGAAUCCCAAGUUUAGCUACGGCGAACUGCAGUACAAAUACGAUUACGCGGUGGGUGUGCUUACCGAGUUCGCCGGAUCCGGCGACAACAGCUCGGAUCUCAUGCUGAAGGCCAGCCUGGAAAUAUUCUUCCCAAAGCCCUGCGAGGGCUACCUGCGGAUCACCGAUGCCAAGCUCUACGAUAAAGUGGAUGACGCUGCUUUUUCAGGCAACGAAAGUGACUCCGUCACAGAGACGAGUGAUGUGUACGAUUACUACGAUAACGGUGGUGGCAGCGAGGAGGUUUCCAAUGAUAACUUCAAGAAUCUGCAUCCCAAGAGCAUGGGCCUGCAGCAGGAUCUCAGCAAGAACCUGCUGCGCUUCUCCUAUCACGACGGUCUCAUCAGCGAGAUCUGUCCUCAAGAACAGGAAACGCCCUGGGUGCUCAAUAUCAAGAAGGGCAUCCUGUCGGCCUUCCAGAAUACAAUGAUGCGCUUCGAUGUGGAUUCGAACACCACAGAGACUGAUGUUUCUGGCCAGUGUCAGGUUCAGUACUUCCUGGAGGACACGGAUAGUGUGUUCGUGAAGAUCAGGAAGACCAAGGAUAUUGCCUCCUGCCGACAGCGCUAUGCCACGCACUCGGUGUUGCAGACCACACCGUAUACCUUCCGCGAUGACAAGACCAUCUGGCCCAUCCUCAAGUCCGAGAGUUACUGCAAUUUGACCAUCGACAACAAUGUCUAUCGGGACAUCAGCUGCGAGGAGACUCACCUGCUUGUGCCCUUCUCCAAUGCCAGCUCUGGAGCCUUGACCACCAGUCGCAGUCGUUUGGUUCUCAGGGGCGAGGAUCCCUACAGUGUUGGCGAGUUCCUGGAACAGAAUCCCGAACUGGUGGACCGUAGAGCCACCUUGGUCUUUGAUCACACGCCUGCGGUGAAGCCCACGCAUGACGAGAUUAAGGCUGCCCGAGAGCUGCUGGUGCAGAUGUGCGCCGUUGGCUUUCCUAAUAUCCAGCGCGAGUUUAUCGAUGUCUUCACUAGCUUCCUGCAGACUUCCAAGAGCCUGGACUACAAGACCCUCUCCGAGCUGCUCCAGCGUUCCGCCAGUACCUGUGAUCAGGGAAAAAACCAUGUCCUGGAAUCCCUACCCUAUAUUGGUAGCACUGCCUCCUAUCAGGUGAUGCGCGAUCAAAUCAUCAGUGGCAAGCUGCCCAAGGAGAAGGCCCACAGCUGGAUGACCUCGCUGUCCUUCAUCACACGACCCGACGAGCAGACCCUGGAGACCUUCUACACAAUCCUUGAAUACGCAAAGAAUAAAUUGGAUCCGGAGUAUACCCUUGGAGCCACCGCUGUGGUCCAUAGCUUCUGCAAGCACCACGAAAACUGUGAGGAGAACAUGCGUGUCCAGCAAGUCAUUAAUCUGCUGGAGACCGAGUUCCUCAGCCUGUACAACCUUUUCAAGGGCGAUCGCCGUAACCGCGAGCGAAUGGUAGUCCUACUUAAGGGUCUGGGCAACGUGGGUGUGAUCUCCCCCGCCUUUGCCGAACAACUGCAAUGGAUAAUCCGGGAUGCAGAGGCCUCAGUGGAUCUUCGGCUGCAGGCCAUCCUAGCCUUCCGACGGGUGGACUGCCUCCGGCACCGCACAUUCUUCCUGGACAGCUAUGCGAACUAUACCUUGAACUCGGAGCUGCGCAUCUACAGCUACCUGCAGGCCAUGCGGUGUCCGGACUACAUUUCCGUGGGCGCCAUCAAGGCGGUGCUGGAGCACGAGCAGAUCAACCAGGUGGGCUCUUUCGUGUGGUCGCAUCUCACCAAUCUGGCCAAGUCAAACUCUCCGGUUCGCAUCGAGGCCCAGGGCCUGCUCCUCAAUGACGAACUCUCGGAUCGCUUCAAGCUGGACAUCCGCAAGUUCUCGAGGAACUAUGAGCACAGCUUGUUCUUCGACGAGUAUAACUUUGGAACCACGACGGAUGCGAAUGUCAUCUUUGGCACGGAUUCCUAUCUGCCACGGAUUGCGAGUCUCAACUUUACCGCCGAUCUAUUUGGACAGUCGGUGAACUUCUUUGAGUUUACGGCACGCGCUGAGGGAUUGGAGGAAAUGGCAGCCUCGGCCUUUGGACCGAAGGGUCCUCUGAGCGGCGAGCUGCUGCGCAAGAAGCUCUCUUUCCUGAAUCGCUGGCUGGGCAACGAGAGCGCCGAGGAGGAUGACACCAUCGAGAAUCUCCUGGGCCUGGAUAACCUUCGGUUGAAGAGGAAAGCGCAGCCUGCGGGUGCCGCUGAUGAUACCGACGAGGAUGAGGACUACGACUACGAGGAGUCCCUGAGUGGAUCCAGGCGGCACAAGCGGGAUACCAGCUCGGCCCGGAAGCAGGAAAUCGAUCGCAGCGUGGACAGCCUUGGCUACAAGCUGAAGUACGACUACAACAACCCCCGGGCGCAAUUCGGUCUCCGCAUCUUCGGCAACGAUUUGCAAUACUACAACGUGGAGAACAUGGUAGAGGUGAUGGCCCUCGCCGCUCAGUUUAAUCCCUUCCAGCAGGCCCAGAAGGUGCUCUCCGGCAAGGAGUUUAGCUACACCAAGUCGCGAGUUUUUCUGGACGCUUCUUAUACAGUUCCCCUGGCCGUGGGUCUUCCGCUGGCCAUUCACGCUUUUGGAGCUUCGUCUGUGGAUCUGCGGAUCAGCGGUAACUUGGAGGAGAUGGAUCCUCCCACUGACUGGCACUUCAAUGUCCAGGGCCAGUUUAAGCCCUCCGUUUCCGUGGAUGUGAUCACCACCAUGCAAACGGACAUGUUCUGGGAGCAGUCCGGCAUCAAAGUUAAGAGCAACCUGUACUCAAACUCGGAGCUGGAGGCCAACCUAAAGGUGCGUGGCCGCAACCUGGUCUCCUUCUCCUUCAAUCUUCCCCAGGACCAGAACGAGAUCUUCAGUGUGCGAUCCGAGUUGCUGGUGCACAAGCGGGAGGAGGAGUUGCCCCAGAUGGGCAUUGCCAAACGGAGUGCCAAUUCCACCUGCACGUGGCCCGUCCUGGAUCAGGCCAUCGGCCUGCAGAUGUGCUCCCACUACAGUGUUCCGGAUCUCAGCAAUGCCACGGAGAUUUAUCCCAGCCUGCUGCUCGCCGGUCCCCUCAACUUUAGCCUGAUCCUCAAGAAAUCCGAUCUGAGUGCCAAGAAGUACAAGUUCGAGUACAAGUGGGAUCAGGAGGAUUUGGACAACAACUUCUCCUUGGUGUUCACCACGCCGGGAUCCAAAGUGCCGCGUGUGCUGGUCGCCAAUGUGACCAAGGUUCCCGAAGCCUUCAACGCCUCCGUGGCCUUUGUAAGAGGCCCGAAUCGUGUUUCCGCCGGAUGCAGCUACGAUGGCAAUCCCGAUUUCCGUCGACUGGAUGUUUACCUGGACACGAAUGGCAAUCGAUCGCUGGACUUGGGCAUGGAGCUGCGGAGAACGCAGGACUUUACCGCCUGGAUUUAUAAUCCGCGCAUGCUGCUGGCCAUCAAUGGGGUUAACAUUACCGGACUGGCGGGCACUGUCAAGGUGAACGAGAAGAAUGGCAUUAAGCAGCAUGACGUGGACCUCUCCUUCGAGACCAAGAAGCUGCAGGCUGUGAUCAAGGGCAACAUUGUCCAAAGCGAGGUGACAACCUCAACCAAUAUGACUAUUAAAUAUAGGUUCCAAGCCAACAAAAUCGAGGAGAUUAACUUUGCCGGCAAGCUGGUGGACAGUGGAGACAAGGCCAAGACGGAAUACCGGGGCAAUAUGAAGCUGCAGACCACGGCCUAUCCCAAGCUUAACUUUGCCUCGGAGGCAACCUGGCUGAGUCUGCAGGGACACACGGAGGGCGUGAUCACAUACAACAAUGCCCCCGACUAUGUGGAUCCCAACUUUACGAGCUUGUUGCGUCUGAUCUUUGCUCGCUCCCACUCGGAGGACUCUAUUUGGGAGGGUUCACGCACCAGGGCAAGUCUGGAACUGAAGCUGCCUCGUUCUAAAAUCGACUACCGCAUCAUGGUCAAGCAUGAAGAGCGCAUUAAGAACGGAACUGAGCACAAUGUCAUUGUGGGUCUGAAGUAUGCUCCGGAGAAGGAGGUCACUGGUUUGUUCUCAGUGCAUCUGCCACGUAAAAACCUCUUUGCCAUUGAUGCUUACAUGAAUGUCACGGUGCCAGAGUUUAAUUCAUGCACAGCCCGCCUGAAAGUAAACGAAAAAGCCACCAAGGAUUACAUUAUCUUCAUCAACGGCUCUUGGUUCACUGGCCACACGAUCUCCAUUAAGGCCAACUACAAGGACCGCAGCUCUCGUGUCCAGGCCCUGCAUCAUCUCAAGAUGAUUGUGGAGAGCCCCUCGUUUGAGCUCACCUCGCUGAAUAUUGUUUAUCGCCGUAACCAGCUGCUGAUAUUCUACGAUCUGCAGGCCAAGUACGGCAAGGAUCCCUACGGUUUAACGAUACACCACACCGUGAAUGCCCAUAAUCGCAACUCCAAUGCCGAAGUACGCUUGAAGAUCAAAGAACGCGACUACUGGGUUAAUGCCAAGCUACUGUCUGAGGAGCUCAAGCUUCUCCAUCUGGAACUGCACAUAGACAAGAUACGUGAUGUUCACAUCAAGGUCGGCCUUUUGAAUAUAGAGAAGCGCAAGGAGCUCUCCCUGGAACUAAAGUGGGACGCCAACCGUGAUCCCAGCCAAAGGUUGGGCCUGUUGGCCGAGUACAAUAAUCCAGGGACCAAAAAUUACGAUGCCAAUGUGAUGGUCACGUACCCAGAACGCACUAUUAACUUUGGCUUCAACGCUUUCACCGGAGGACCCAAGUAUUUUGGCAAGGCUCAUGCCUCCUGGAGCAUCACUGAGGUGAUUGAAUUCGAGUACGACGCCGGCAUUCUGCCAGACCAAACGCUUCACAACUGGGUGCGGGCUGAGCUGAGAACACCCUUCGAGGGCUGGCGCACCAACAGCCUUGAAGCUGGCAUUUACAACAUGGACAACCUCAUCCUGGUCAACUCGACGCUCUUCUGGGCGGACGACCAGAAGCUGCAGGUGGGCUACAAGAGCGACUAUGACAUCAACAAUCAGCUGGUGAGAUUCGAUGUGCGCUUCGGCAUCAACAGCACCAUCAAGGACAUACCCACGAUCAAUGUAAAGGUUGUGCACUGGCAGGACGCAAAAAAGGUGGACACGGAGCUGUACCUGGGCUACAGUGGCAACGAUACUUUUAAUACCUACAGCAUGGACUCUAGUUGGGAGAUUGAACGGAAUCAGCACCAUCACAAUGUCUCUGGCUUGGUCCACCUGGUCAGUCCAUUCAAGGGCUAUGAGAAAGGUGGCCUGGUGGCCCAGUUCUCGUUGAGCAAUCAGCGAGCAGUCAGUGGCGCUGCUUCUCUCAAUUUCGAUGUCAGGGAGUUCACUCUGACCAUGGAUGGCUACGUCAAGAAAUUCACGGACAACAUGCUGACCAUUAACAUCACCACUCCUUUAGAGAAAUUCCCCACAAUCAACGGUCGCUUUGGUCUGAACGAGAAGAAGCGUCAUGCAGUGGCGGAGGUGAGAGCUCCCACUGCUGCCUUGGGAGUGGAGGCCCUGGCGGACAUCAAGAAUCUCCUGAACUUUGAUGUCAAGCUGAGCCUGGCCACGCCCAUCGAGAGCUUCCAGCAGGCGGCGAUAUUUGCCCAGUUCAAUCCUGAGCGAGCGGACAUGCGUGGAUUGUGGAACAAUGCCACGCUGGGUUUUACGGGCGUGUGGCACAUGCAGAACCUUACGGACUUUGAGUACUCCUACAUGGUGUUCACCCCACUGGCUGGCUUUGAGAAGAACGGCUUCAUUGCCCAGCUCCUAAAGCGUGAUGAGUUUGUAUUUAAAUUACAUGGCAAGUUCUCGCACUACAAGCUCGGCGUGAAGAUCAAUGGCAAACCCAAGUCGGAAUUAAUCAACCAACUGGGCAACAGCAAGAUAGAAUUGGAGAUGCUCUACGAUGCGGACUUUAAGCCUCUGAACGCCGAGAUGGACUACAAGCCCGAUCCGGAUGAGGAGUACUUCUCGUACUUCACCGACUUCCAACUGGACACUUUGGUUUGGCCCACCAUCGUGGGCACGGUGGACAUCCAGGAGAUCAUUGAUUUCUAUUUGGUUGUGGGUCAUGUUCAGCUGCCGCAAGGCAACCUGGAGUUCAAGGAUCGUCUCCACUAUCCGGAUUACCUCAAUGUACACAACCUGCUGACCGUGUCCACUCCAUUUGCUGUGGCCAAGGAGGUCAAGUCAAUUGUGGAGUAUCACAUCGAUUUGCAUUUCAAUUCGUUCUACGAGCGGGUUAAGUUUAUGCUAAACGACGACAAGGAUCAGAUACAGGAAUUGGGCUUUGAGCUGAACUACACCAAGCUGCAGGAUAAUGUAAAACCCAAGGCGCAUGAUGUCCAGCUUAAGCUCAUCACACCCUACGAGCUUCUGCACGAGAUCGAUAUUCAUGGACGCCUGGAACUGGAUGAUAAUGCCUAUAAGGGCAACAUCACUUCGAUCACGGCGCACACACAUCUUUCGAUGGCCGCCUCAGUGGAGAACGAAGACAACUUCCUGGAGACCUCAGUGGGUAUUCUUUUGGAAACGGAUGUGAUUCCGCACUAUGCCUGUCAGGUCUACUUCAAGAAGGACUUUUCAGCCGUUGACAACUCUAUAGAUAUCCGCUUCGAAGUCACCGACAAUGGCACUGUUAAUCAGCUUCAAAUAGCAACAGACUGGCACACGGAUUCCUCUUAUAUCGUUAAUGCCAAUGGCAGAAUCCGAACCACCAUGCUGCCCUUGCAACUGGCUUCCACUUCCGUUGUGGCCACUGGCGGCCAGACUCCCCAGCUCAGCUUUGAUCUGAAUUUCCUAAGCCAGGAUGGAAAGAGCAUUACCUAUGGAACAAGGGCCAAUAAGAAGCAGGAUGUCUUCAACAUUGAAGUGUGGACGCCGCUAAAGAACUUCCGAAACAUCUCCAUGCACGGAACCGUUGCCAAGAAUCCUCGCGAUGCUGAACGCUAUGAUGUCUCAGGGUUCCUUUAUAGGAACAUGGCUACUUAUGGCAUCACCGGGGCUAUUCGAAUGUCUGAUGCCCUGCCCAUAGAUGCCACUUUGAGAGUGCAGCCCAAGGCCGGAGGAAGGGAUGGAGUUAUUGAGUUAAAUAUCCACGAGGCAGGACCAAAGAAAAUCCGCUUCUCCUUCAGCGCCAUCGAGGAUGGCAAGAUGUGUCAGAUUUCGGGCGGAUACAGUGUCAACGAUCCCAAGGGAGCCAUGGAUUUCUCCGUGUUGGUGGAGAGUACAGAGCCGGAAAUUGCCCGGAUCAACUUCAAUGGAAAUCUAAAGCCCACCGCCAAGGGUUCGUUGAUGGGGGAGAUAAACUUGGAGACGCCGUGGAAGGAUCUGGGCAUCGAUUCGGUGAGCCUCCACUCGGACGUGGGCGUCACCAGCAAUGGUGGCAACAUAGUGGGCGGCUACAAGAUCGGUCAGUACAUCGGCCGCGGCAGUUGCCUAUGGUCCUGGAUCCUGGGCGAGAACGUGCAGUUGGUGCUGGAGAGCUACCUGGAGCGGCCGAGUGCCCAGCCCAGAAUCGUCCACGCCAGUGCCAAGUACUUGAAUCCCAAGCAAACCUUCCAGCAGCUGCAGACUGGCGGCCGCCUUAGCGUCGACUCCAAGUGGAACCUCGAUGUAAACGGCAGUUUGCACUUCAAGUCGGUGGAUGACUUUGAAUUCACGGUUCUCACCGAGCUGCCCUUGCCGGUUGGGGAUCGUCAUCAGCUACGAGCCCGGUACGAUGGAAACCUGAUCAGCAAGCAGUUCAUGGAGCCCAAGUUCUUCCUCGAGGCCAGCUACGAGGCUCUGGAGGCGGAGAAGAGGAUGCUAUCCCGACUUUCCUUCAGCAAUGAAACCAGCGACCUGCACGGACUGGCCCACUUCGAGUGGGGACAGCUGCAGGCUCUGUCCAUUGUGGAGGGAGAUUUUGAGCUGCUCCAAAAGGAGGGAGCGCGUCGCGAGUUCUCCGCCAAGAUGAUUACACCCAAGUUCAAGGAUGAGCACACCUUCGCCCUGGCCGGCCACUAUGACAAGCAGGAUGCGGAGUACCAUAAUGUGGUUUGCGCCUUGGACUAUCCUCAGAGUCGUCGUAUCACCGACUUGGACGUGUCCUUUAGCUCGCUGAGCAACAUGCAUGGCAACUUUAACAGCACUAUGCCAUCGUUCCUCAACGUCAGCUGGUUCAAGACUGAUUUUGAGUUUACCACCAAGAGUGGAAAGAGCUACCGCUAUUGCCGGUGCGCCUGGCCGCAGGACACGGCGUACUUCAAACUGAAGAGCACCUAUGACAGCGACGACACUAGUGGCAACCACAACCUCAAUGGCAACGUGGAGAUAGAAGUUCCUCUGGCCACUCGCCAUCGGGCUGAUAUCAAGUAUGGCCUGCAAAAGAGACGCAACCAGGAUUUGGGUAACAUUCUAGUAGUCUACAACGACAAGCAGGCACUCGAUGGCAAAUAUAAGCGACUCGAGCAGCAGAAACACCCGAUCUUCAAGGAGACCACGGACAUCACUUUGGAGAAUGAUAUGAAGCCCUUGGGCAUACACUAUGUCAAUACCAGGGACUCUAGCGACCCCGCCGGCACCCAGGACAUCAAGCACUUUGAGGUCUUUGAAUUGAGGAAUACCCAGAACUUUAAUCUGACUGGAGAACUGCAUACGCGGACGACCCUCCAAGCCCAAGACUUUAAGGUGGUGGCCAUUCAUCCAAACCGAGCCGUUGUGCUGAGCACCAAGUACGAGGAUGUCAGCCCCGAGGUGGUCAGGCAGCACACCAAGCUGGAAUUGUCGGAGACAGCCUGGAUAGGAUACAACCUGGAACUGGGCAACUUUAGCAAGGUUGGCAACGAAUCCCAAAGCUUUGCCUUGGAGAUUUUCUAUCCCAAGCGCAAUCUGUCCUCCUCUGGCCAGUACUCCUUGACUGACAACCAUUUUAACUCGGAUCUUUCCUUCCAAUGGGCGGGUGGUGACUACGACCGUCAGCCAAAGACGAUUCACAGCAAUCUGCAAUGGACAGCGGAACCACUGCAUCGCGGAGAUCGCGAGCAUCGCACAUUUGCAUUGACGGUGGCCCAUCCUCUCCUGGAGAAGGACAUCAAUUGCAAGGCGACGUACUAUCGGGGAUUAGAGGAUCUGCUCAAGACACAACUGACUAUCGAAUAUUCGGAUAAUCCCGACCAACUAAUCGAGCUGGGUGCCCAGCUGAAGGAUCGCUUCAGUGAACUGGGCCACACCAAUUACACAUUCCAGUUUUACGGCAAGCACUUGGCCUCCGAGCUAGAUGUGCAGUUGAACGGAACAUUGGCGGCCAGGAACUCGUACUACAAGACAGAGUCCACGGCCCACUACAAGCGGGAGAUGUUCCCGGCAAGAUACGGCAAGUUCCUGGCUCUGCUGGAUGUGACUAAGCGGGAGCUGGAGUACGAGCGUCAGUCUCCAUUCCACACGGUGCGUGUGCAUCUGUUGCCAACCAUGCAGUAUCCUGUUUACGGACUGAACGCCACCCUGUGGGAUACUCCGGACACGAACCACUCGGGAUAUGUGUAUGUAGACUUGGCUGAGCGAUAUGCCCGCAUGGACUUCAACCUGUCUGAAGAUGCCACCCAGAAUCUGCAGAUGGUGGGCUACAUUCCAGACUCACGCAGUGGUUACCUGGAUAUCUGGCGCAACUACGAGGAGAUCCGCGUGAUCGAUGUGAGCUCCUACCUUAAGAUGAAUCACUCGCGCCUGAUCACAGGAAGAUUCCACUGGCGCCCAGCCAUUCGUCAGGAUGUGCGCGAGAAGGUCCAGUCCCUAGGAAAAUCCGUCUACAGCUCCUUCUCCGAGGGCAUUGACUUCUGGAUCAAGUCCAUCUACACGGAAACCACCGAGUCAAUGGGCAUCGUCUGGAGCACCGCCAAGGAGUACAACAGGGAUUUUAUUGAUGACAUUGGACAGCUAAGCGUUUUGGAGGAGGAUCUCAACGAUCUGCGCCUGUUUGUGAAUCAAUCGUACGAGGCCAACGAUUUCUACAUCAAGAACGUGGUGAACUUUACGCUGACUAUCUUGGACGAGCUGGCCAUCAGGGACCACAUUGAGUCCCUGCCCAAGAUCUUCUCGGAACUGUGGCAGGCGAUGGGUGAUUCUGGCAAGGCCCUACGCAACAGCAUCGUCUGGCUGAUCGAGACCAUCAAGACAACCUAUAACAAUCUGCUGGAUGCUGUGAGCCGAUUCUUCCACGGCGAAAGCCUCUCAUAUAUAUCCGGGCUGCUGGAGAAGGGUAUUGGAAAGUACGACAGCUUUGUCAAGGAACUGCAUAUUAAGUUCAUCAAGUACAUCGAGAAUCUUUGGCACAAGACCUGGACUUUGGCGGAGAAUCACUGGAAGAGCGUUCUCAAGAAGUUUGAGCCGCACCUAUUCAAGAUGAUCAGCUUUAUUGAGACGACUGCCUGGAAUCUCAGCAAGGAAGUCUUUGACUUUAUUUACAAGCGAACCAAUGAGCUGGCUGAGUCGCCCUACUUCAACACGGUGUCCAGCUUCACAGCGGAUGCGGAGCGUCUGUAUAGGGACGUCAAGGCCAAUGAUGCCAUCACCAACAUCAAGAAGUACUCGACGCUGGCGUGGAAUUUCGUCAAAGAGAAGUACUUCAAGCUGGUGCCUUUUGGCGCUGAAUUGAACGAAGUGCUAACAGAAAUCUGGGAAGAACUAAAAGAGCUCGAGAAGAUCGAACAGGUUCAGAUCAUGGUACAGAAGUACUACGAAAUAGUGGCCAAAGUCGAUUGGGUAGCGGACGAGCUACAGUUGGAGCAUCGUCUGCAUCAGGUUUACGGGAUGCUGAGCAACAAGUUCCGGAAUUAUGCCAUGAAUGCCCUGGAAACGGCUGACAUGUACAGGGAGGCCAAAACCAAGUUCAUCUUUGAUCCUGAAGUGGGCAUUAUUGAUCUAGAACAGAAGCUACCAAUGUCAUGGCAUGCCUUCAAUGAGACCCCGAAAUUCGAGGAGAUUCCAGAGUAUCAGGUGCUGGCCAAGGCGCAGAGUUUCUUCACCGAAACCAACUCCUCGAUUGUCAUGAAGCUGUACAAUAUGAGGGCCCAUCUUGACCCCAAGACCUGGCUACCGCCCUACUACUCUCGAGCCUUGCUCAUUGACUCACGGCACUAUAUGACCUUUGACCAACGCUAUGUGGGUUUGAACCUUAAUUUUGAGGAGUUUGGAAAUGGAAGACCGAAUGCCCAGUGCAGGUACCUCCUGGCCCAUGAUUUCUUCAAGCGCAACUUUACCCUGCUGCUGGAACCUGCUACCAAAUCUCUGACUGGCCAAGGACUCACCCGCAAGCUGAGCUUUAUAGCCAACGAUCAACUGAUAGAAAUUGAUCUGGGCACAGAUCACAUUAGCAUCAAUGGCGAUCCGCAACCCAUUCUCCCCCUGAAACUAGAUGCAGUGAGCAUCCAUCGCGACCUAGACGUGCUCUCGAUCAUCUCGGACACCGAGUUCAGCCUCCACUGCAAUGUGCAGUUCGAUCUCUGCUGGUUCGAGGUCAGCGGCUGGUACUUCGCCAGGACAGCGGGAUUGCUGGGCACCUUAAACAACGAACCCUCUGAUGAAUACACAAUGUCCAAUAGCUUGAUAGCCAACGACACGCAGGAGUUUACAGACUCAUGGAGCCUAAGGCAAUGCCGACAGACAGAGCUGGCCAAGACGCAGGAGAUCAGCAAAGAGGUCAGCGACACAUGCACCAGCUUCUUCCGCACCGGUAUGCUUGCCAGCUGCAGCGCCGUUCUGGAUCCCACGCCCUUCUACGAGAUGUGCCUGGACCUGGGCAUGAAGUCGCCGCCAAUCCGCAAGGGACAUCCUGCGGUCAAGGGAGCCUGCUCAGCGGCUCUGGCCUACAUCGAGGCCUGUACGGUGCUGAAGGUGCCCAUGCGAGUGCCGUCGCAGUGUGUGUUCUGCCAACUCUCCAAUGGUUCUUAUGUUCCCGAGGGCACAUUCAUGGAGCUGACAGGCGAGCAAAUCCCACGCAGCAGCGAUGUGGUCUUCCUGGUGGAGGCCAAGGACUGCAAUGCAAAUCUCAAGACCUCCAAAAGCAUAAUGACCGUGGUGGCAAGCGUUGAAGAGCAGCUGCAGGCCGCCAAGCUGACCAACAAUCGCUAUGCUGUGAUGGCCUUUGGUGGAGUGGCUCCCUACGACAAAGCCAGGAGUGUGAUAUACGAGCACAAUGUGUUCACCUCCAAGCCGGAACAACUGGCGGAAUACUUUGGGCACAUCAACACCGGAAAUGGCACCAACAACGAUAUCCUGAUGGCCAUUUCCACGGCAGCCAAGCUCAACUUCCGCCCCGGCGUGUCCAAAACCUUUAUCCUGCUCUCCUGCAGCCGGUGUGCAGCAAAGGACAUGCGCUUCGACUACACCUCCAUUCAGCAGUACAUGAUGGAGGAGGGCAUCACCCUGCAUGUUCUGGCCGACACGGAAUUCGACUUUGAGAGAAGCAAGAAGCUACGCCACUUCUUCGGUCUCGACCGCAAGCUAAUCUUCUCGAAACGCUUCCCUGAGGGAGACCUGGAGACACGCAACUCCACCUUCAUACCCAAGAGCACCCUGGGCAUCUGCACGGCUUUGGCUUUGGAGACGAAUGGUUCUGUGUUCAGUGCCCGGAAGCUGCAGCCGGAGCGCAAGUAUCCCAUUAAGCGGUUUGCAACCAUCUUUGCCAAGCGCAUUGCCUCCAGUGCGAAUCCUAUCCAGAGCCAGACCUGCGAGUGCUCGGGCCACAAUUCGGGCGUGGCCUACAUGGCCUGCUCGCCGCAAUCUCUGCCGGAGGAGAAGUACGAUCUGGAUGAUUAUGACACCUUCAGCAACUGGGACUGGAGCGAUGAGCCUGAGAGUGAGGCUUAGAUUCUUAGUACUCCGCGUUUAGUUAGCUAGUUGAGUUAUGUCCACGCCGAAUGUAAAGUUUUUCUAUAAAGCAUAACCACAACAAGACAUAUUUUGUAAAAAGCGAAAAAUAAAUAAAUAAAUCACCAUUGUAAA